ACAUACAUGAGAUUUUUGAAAAGCUUUUGCAAGAUAAUGGACUUUUGGCCCGAAAGAGAAGAGAAGAAUAGUAAAACGAGGAUUUUCAGGCUUCGGUACAUCCUGGUCUUGCAGUUCUGUUUCACUCUCGUCGCCGGCGUCCUUUACUUGACGAAUAGCGUCGGGAAACAGACCUUCUACGACCUCGGCCACACUAUCAUAACUGUUCUCAUGAACGUCGUCUCGGUCGAGAAAAUCACCGGUUCUCUAACCGCGCGGCGGGUGGGGCAUGUGGGAUUUGAACUUCACGAAAAACUCCAGCCGCACACAACCGACGCCUAACCCCGGACCGUACCGGAGCCCAGUCGGGGACAUUGAGACAGCGAGACAGGGUCGACGCAGAGCAUAUUACAUCCUUCCCGCCGUCCCCGGAUCGGCGGCCGCCGGCUACACGACCACCGUUUCCCUCGGUCGACGGACCGGGAGCCCGCCUUGAUGGCGCCGCGGUGCACCUUUCCUCGGAGCGGUCGGGGGAAUAUGGCCUACCAUCACUUCCUAUCGCGGGUAUAGAUGUUGGAUUAAAUGUACAUAUUAUAUAUCAGGGAAAUGGGGUUUUGGAACAUCGUUUUUAGUGGUUAAGCUGUGCUCAGUGGGCAUCAUCGAGGUUAAGUAGCAGG